CCUAUUAUUAUGGAAACGUAUGCUUAUUUAAGCUUGUGUUAAGUAUCUGUCUGUGUCACCAAUGUACUGUAUGUUGGUGCAUCUUCCUGCUUUCUUAAUCAUGAGAUCUGCUCUGGUUCCCGCAGGACAUGUCGCUAUGCACCGGUUGCACCUCGGCCCCCGGUUGCCAUGUCAUCCUUUUUUUCCCCCCCUUUAUCACCUCGCUUACAGUACAUGUAAGUCAGACAGCUAAUUUGCUUGCUCAUCUCUCAGAACAAAAACACAAAAAAAGAAACAAAGAAAUACCAAGCAACCUUUAUUCGUCACGGUUGUACAAACAAGUACGAGUGCUCCACCCCACACGUCGUCCCCUCCUUAACUGGCUGGGCUUGUUAGUGCUCACGCCCGUACCUGUCGCUCAGGGCUCAAGACACCUGUCACACACAGCAGACACACACUGAGUGGGACGCUACGAUCCUGCUUGGAGCCCAUCGGGAUACUAAAGCAACAGCAGCAGCUUGAUAAGAACCAGCAAAGAAGAAGAAGACAAAAGCUGAGCUGGAAUCAUGUCAAAGGAGAGUGAAAAAGAAACUGUGUUCCGGACCACCAAAGUCAGAACCAAGCUGAAGGACGAUGGCAGCUGGAUGAACCGCAGCAGUGAAUCUGAGGCUACGACUACAGAGAAGCCAUGGAUGGCAGAACUAAGAGCCAGACGUGAGAAUGCCGCAUCAACGGAAACCAGUCCAGUAUCCUCACCCACUUCGGCCCCACUAUCCAAUAAGGAUGCUUUCACCAAACUAGACAAGCCUGCUUCGUCUUCAACUACCAAUGGAAUUAGUGGCACAUCACACUUCAACAAAAGACCUUCAGAGGGCUACAAGAAAAUUGCCCCCCACACAGUGAAGCCCGCUACUGACAAUGUGGAAAACAAGAUUAGCAGUGAGGAGCAAGAGAAACGCACGACAGCAGCCAGCAAAGUCCUGCCCAAAUCUGCAGCCAGGGAGCGGUCUUAUGUGCUCUCAGCUGCAAAAAAAUUUGAGACUCAAAUAAAAGCAGCUGACACGUCAGUGGCCAACGACACUUCAUCAUUUGUGGCUAAAAGGGUGAAGAUUGCUGAUGAUGUUUCUGCAAUUCCACCCCCGCCUCUCAGCGCCGUGCUCCCCUCCGCCGUCACGUCUGUCACAUCUGUUGCUUCGGUCCCAGAGCCGCAACCACAAAACAUAGUCAAGACAGCUGUUGGGCAUGUCACUGUAAAUGAGACUCAGAAGGUGGAGGAGGCCCCCCCUGAACCUGUGAAAGAAGAUUCCCCUCCAUCUCCCCCUCCGGUGUCUACUCCCCCUGAACUCAACCCUGUUUAUCUUCACAUCGUUUCCACCCGCUCACAACUUGAUGAUUCCAAAGCUGCUGACACGUCUCCAAUGUCAGUCAAUGAGAAAGUACAAGAAUACAAACCAGAGCCUGAAACCUCUGAAAAUACAAGCUCCAGAGUUGAAACGCUCACCGCCAUGUAUGAAAAUCUCAUUCCAUUUGAAACCGAAACAACCAGCCUCAAGGAUGACGAGCCAGUGCUGGCAGAAGAAGAGGAAGACCCAGGGGAUGCUGCCUCAGAAGAAGGUGAUGAACAGGAACCAACUGCAGCACUCAACAACAACCAUGAAGCAACAACAGAGAAUCUCCUGGAUCUCAUUUCUGGCGAAGAGAAGGACCCCUCGAGCGCUCGUGUGACCACCACAGUGACUGAAAUCAGUCGAGAAGAACCUGUCGAGAAGAAGUCUGUUCUCCCCAGCCCGGGACGUUGGAGUCAGGAUCUCCUCAGUGAACUAGAAAGCCCCACAGAGACGGUUAAUAUAACCACUCAAACCAUAACCACUGUUACUGACAGCGAGGAGAAGGACCCCGUGAGCUCUCGUGUGACCACCACAGUGACCGAGUUCAGCGAAGAGAAGGACCCCUCGAGCGCUCGUGUGACCACCACAGUGACUGAAAUCAGUCGAGAAGAACCUGCACAGCCUGUUCUCCCCAGCCCGGGACGUUGGAGUCAGGAUCUCCUCACUGAACUAGAAAGCGAGGAGAAGGACUCCGUGAGCUCCCGUGUGACCACCACAGUGACUGAGUUCAGCUCGGCUGAUCCAUUUGAUCCAUAUCCGAUUGGGACCACAUCCCCAAACAGCUCCUCUGACCUGCUACAGCCCAUCUCAGAUCUUUCCAUCAACAGCGAAGAGAAGGACCCCUCAAGUGCUCGUGUGACCACCACAGUGACUGAAAUCAGUCGAGAAGAACCUGCACAGUCUGUUCUCCCCAGCUCGGGACGUUGGAGUCAGGAUCUCCUCACUGAACUAGAAAGCGAGGAGAAGGACUCCGUGAGCUCCCGUGUGACCACUACAGUGACCGAGUUCAGUUCGUCAACCCUUUUCUCGGAGAAGCAAGAUCCAGUGAUCGUGGUAAGCAGUAAGGCCUCGGACUCACUUGCAGAUGACAUCACCCCCAUCGACACCAGCGCCACAAGUCUCAGCACUCAUCGGUCGUGGGCGCGCACGUGGGAAACCGUGACUCCUCUGCAGACCCACAUCGAAGAGAGCGGAGAGGCUCCAGGAGAAGCCAGAGAAGAGGAUCAACAGACUCUGGUUAGGUUUGAGAGGAAGUCCAAAGAAGAUGACUCUCCGUGGGACAGGUGGACAUCGCCGUCUGUGUACACGAUCACAACCACCACAGAAGAAGAAGAGGAGAGCCCGGUGGAAUCACAGAUGCACACGGUCACAACCAUCACCACCAUCAGGGAGACCUAUGAGGAACAGGAGGACUUUGGGAUGAACCGGACCGUGCUACAAGAAGUCCCACGCCCCCCCUCACCGUCACCCUCACCAGAGCCGGAAAGCAAAAAGCCCUUCGUGUACCUGAAGGAGUACGUCAAUUCCACAGAGCUGUCCUCCCAUAACGCCACAGACAACAUCAACAGCUGGUCUUCCUCGUACUCCAGCUCGCUGUCCUCCCCCUGCACAUACUGCGGACAGCCGGUGGACAAUGAUGCCAAGAUUACCAUCGAGCACCUCAAUAUUAACAGCCACCCGAGUUGCUUCAAGUGCCACUCCUGCCGUAAGCCGAUGGGAGACCUCCUGUACAACAUGUUCCUGCAUGGAGGCAAAGUCCACUGUGAAAGCUGCUACUCUGCAGCUCUCGAUUGAUCGCAGCGGCUUUUCAUUAGCAUUUAAAGUGAGAAGCAGUCUCCUUCCAACCACAAGCUGGGGCUGCUUUGAAUGUAAGAAAGACAAGAGGUUUUAAGGUGACCCAAGAGACUGGAAUAGCGAGCAAUGCAAAUAAUUGCUUUUGAUGAGUUUUAUGGAAGACUACUUUUGUAUUUGUUUGUGUUCUUCUUCUUCUUCUUCUUCCUGCUGGUGGAAGCUCUACCUGAAACCUAUGAAGGAUCUGUCCAAAAUGAGUCAUAUCCUGGCCACGUUUUGAGCUUCAAUUUUUAUUUAGUGAAUGAGUAUUUAAUAGGAAAAUGAGGUAGAAAUAAAGUAGAUGAGACAUAAAUACAAUUUAUUGCAGUUUUGUCACUUUAUGGAGCCAUUAUUAGCCAUCUAGCUAUCAGCAAAUAAAAUCAUAAUUUGGUCAGGAUGUUACUCAUUCUGGGCUUAACUAUGUAAUUCAGCAAUACUGACUGGCAUUAUGGGAUAUAAAUAUCAUUUACUACUGUUACUUUGCUUAAAAACACAACAUUCUUCUAAAUACAUACUGAUAAAAAAUAUAUUUGUUGAUGCUUAUUCACAAAAUAAAACAUAUCUUGCUGUGAAAACAUGUAACAAAUGUUUGUUGUAUCAAAAACUUGAUUUAAAAAAAUGCACAUUUGUUUGCAUAAAAUAUUUCUAAGUAACUAAAGCUGUUUCCUGUAACAUGUUUGCAUUGUUAUAUUAAACGGUGCAUAGAAUUCACUGCCUACAAGUCAAAAGAAGCCAAUUAAGUCCAGUGGCUAGUGUCCUGAUUGUCCUCUCUCUCUCACACACACACACACACACGCACAGUUGGG